AUGUCACGCUGGUGCGAUAGAUCGGCCAUAGUCCUAAUGGGUAUGGUGUUGUUUGGUAUGAUAACGUGGAAUACAGCAGCCAAGAGUCCCAUAAUGAGGUGCGAGGAGGCAAAACUGAAAUGCGCUUACAGAACAGGCUGCGGUUCUGCUCUGCAACACUAUCUCACAGGUUGCGCGCCCGUUCUCCAAGGCAACGAUUGUUCCGAAACUUGCCAACACGCCCUCAUUGCUCUUACCAGCACCGACGAGGGCAAAGAACUUAUGACGUGCGAAUGCGAGGACGAAUUAUGCUUACAAUCGAAGCAGAGAGUAGAAAUCUGUAGAUCCUCUGUGCAAAUGGCAAUGAACAGGACUAGGGUGUCCUGCAGAGUUGCAACUUGGAUUUGUAACGCAGAUGCCCUAUGUCAGACUGCCCUUUUGUACUAUAAUAGGUUCUGCAAGAGCAUGUUUCAAGGACGGAAGUGUACUAGACGGUGCAGGAAUUCAAUAAAUAUUCUUACAAGACAAGAAAAAGCUGCAAAAUUGAAUACAUGCCAGUGUGAUGGUUUUGAAGAAUAUGAUUGUAAAGGGAUUCAUAGGAAUAUGAAUGUUCUCUGUUUUGGAAAGAUACAUCACGGUUAUCGUGAUGUUAAUAUUGACGAUGAUAGGAGAAAUGAGUUCCUAAGACCAAACAUGACUCUUAGAGGUGAUGCUGUUCAAACAUUAGUUGACAGAAGACUAUUUUUACUUUCUUUAAUCAUUUACCACAUAUUUAAAACAAGACUGACAUUUAGAGGAAAUACAAAAAAAUCUCCAAAAGAGCAGUAUUCCAUGAAACUCGUAACCAAAGAUCUUUAUCAAUCGUUGUAUCCUCAAUAA